GAUCAUACAAUACUACUGAACUAGCCAGACAAGUAAACCAAAAUAUUCCUUUAUUAAAUAGAGAGCAGUUUCAAAUAUAUGAAGAAGUUAUGCAAGCAGUUAAUGAUAAAUAUGGUCACUUCUUCAUAGAUGGUUUUGCUGGUACUGGAAAAACAUUUCUCUAUAAUACCUUACUGGCUACUAUCAGAUUACAUGGUGAUAUUGCAAUAGCAGUAGCAUCUUCUGGAAUUGCUGCUUUAUUAUUAAGUGGUGGUAGAACAGCACAUUCUAGGUUUAAAAUUCCUUUAAAAAUAGAUGAAUUUUCAACAUGUAAUAUUUCACGUAAUAGCCAAUUAGCAUGUUUAAUUAAUGCAGCAAAACUUUUCAUUUGGGAUGAAGCUCCUAUGAUGCACAAGUUUGUAUUUGAAGCAGUUGACUGAACAUUUCGUGAUAUUACACAGAUAGACAGACCAUUUGGAGGAAAGGUAUUUG